AUGGAUAUGGAACGAGUUCACAACACUCAAUCCACUACCGAGUAUCCCAAAUUAAUAGUGUUUGAUUUGGAUUUGACAUUAUGUGAACAUCGGGACUCUUGCAAAAUUCAUCUCGGAAUUGCUAGUCGAACCGAGGUCACAGACUGGGCCACUGAAUUGUUACACACUCUCCAAAUUCAUUCAUGGUUUGAUUGGAUUCAAAUUUAUCCUGGCUCGAAGAAGAAACAUUACAAGUAUUUUGCUGAGAAAUUGGUUGAAGAUGAGGCAGUGAUGGAGAAGAGCAAUAGUUUCUCUCAGGUCUACCAUAAAAUGAUCUUUUAUGAUGACAAGAAGAGGAAUAUUCAUGAAAUUGGACAAUUGGGAGUAUCAUGUGUGCAUUGUGAGGAGGGUUUGAAUAUUGAGAAAUUUAUGGAAGGAUUGAAAUUGUUUAAAAGAAGCUUGCUCUCCGUUCUGAUUAAUUAUGGGUUAAACUGA